UCCUCAUCCCACAAAAGGGUAUUAUUAUUUUUUUAUAAAUUGUCUUCAUCUUCUCUACAUUCCAGCUGCAUACAUUUUAUCUUCUCUCCUGCUAUUCUCAUGGCAUUAUUAAUUUCUUUCAUCUUCAUCCUGAGCUUAAUAUGGUGCACAUCAUUUCUACUUAAAAAGUUCUCAAGAAAUGCUCAAAAGAAACAAUCGUUGUCGCUGCCUCCAGGACCAAUGGGGUUACCCCUUUUUGGGAACCUCCCUUUCCUAAAUCCGGAGCUUCACUCACACUUCACUACCUUGGCCAUGACCUAUGGCCCAAUCUUCUCCCUCCGACUCGGAAACAAGAACGCAGUUAUAAUCUCUACUCCCUCGCUGGCACAAGAAGUUCUAAAAGAUAAGGACAUCAUCUUUGCCAACCGAGAAGUCCCUAUUGCCGGUAAACUUGGGUUCUAUGGCGGUUCUGACAUUUUGUGGAGCCCUUGCGGACCUGAAUGGCGAAUGCUAAGGAAAAUAUGCGUCGAUGAGAUGCUUAGCAGAUCGAAGGUGGAUUCAUUCUAUCAUAUCCGGCAAAGGGAGGUUCGAAAGAUGGUCAAUAGCCUUUGGGUCCGGAGGAUGUCGCAGGUGGAUGUUGGGGAAGAGAUGUUCAUGAUGGUGUUGAAUUCAAUAAGCACCAUAAUGUGGGGAGAAUGUGGAAAUGAGAUGAUGGAAAGGAAUCUAGGGACUGAGUUCCGUCUCUUUGUGGAAGAGUUCUUAAUGCUGUUGGGAGUACCAAAUAUAUCAGAUUUCAUUCCAAGUCUAGCAUAUUUUGACUUGCAAGGUAUAGAGAAAAAGAUGAAGAGAUUGGUGAAGAGAAUUGAUAAUGUUUUUGAACUGAUGAUCAAUGAACGAAAGAGAGAGGAUGAUAAUAAUAAGAAGGAUUUUCUGCAAGGUCUAUUGAAUUUGAAGAAAGAAGGAGGGGAUGCUAAAACGCCUCUAACUGAAUCUCAUCUUAAAUCGCUUUUAAUGGAUAUGGUUAUUGGAGGGACAGGUACAACAACAAACAUGAUGGAAUUCAUGUUGGCUGAGAUGAUGAACAACCCUCAAAUAAUGAAGAAAGCACAACAAGAAUUAGAAGUUGUGGUUGGCGCAAACAAUAUAGUUGAGGAAUCACACAUUCAGAAAUUACCUUAUUUGUAUGCAGUCAUGAAAGAGACCCUCCGCUUACACCCUCUUGUGCCCCUUCUUGUACCACACUGCCCUAGCGAGUCUUGCACCAUCGGUGGGUACACCAUCCUCAAGGGUACUCAUGUUUUCAUUAAUGUGUGGGCCAUACAUCGAGACCCUUCGUUUUGGGAGAAUCCACUUAAGUUUAAUCCUGAAAGGUUUAUGAAGUCUAAGUUGAACUAUAGUGGAAAUGACUUUAACUACUUACCAUUUGGCUCAGGUAGAAGAAUAUGUGUGGGCAUUGAAAUGGCAGAAAGAAUGUUUUUGUACUUGUUGGCUUCACUAGUCCACUCGUUCGAGUGGAAAGUGUCUAACGGAGAGAAGUUAGACUUAGAAGAAAAGUUUGGACUUGCACUAAAGAAGAAAACCCCUCAUAUGGCAAUACCAACACCUAGGCUAUUGAGUCAAGCUUUAUAUGAGUAGUUAUAAAGUAUUGUAUGAAUAUUGAUGGUUAAACAAAAUCUUAAAGAGAAUAAAAUAUUUAAAUAAGAAGAAAAUAUAAGAAAAGCAAAUUGUUCAAAUAAACUUUUCAUUGGUCUGUUUAUCUAAUUUUCUUUCACUACAUUUUACUUCCUUUUACCUUUUUAUGUAAUUAAUAAUGCCAGCUUGUGCAAUUCACCAUGGUGAUUAAUAUUUGUAUUGCAAUAUCUGCCAAAAUUUGUUAACUUUUGCUACUUUUAUGUUGGUGGGUAUAAUCUCAAUAUUUAUGAUUAUUCUUAUUUUA